AUGGAUAAUAAUCCAUUAGAAGGUGACCAAUUCAAGCACGAGCUUCCAGAUCCAGCAGAUGAUGCAAUGGCACGAAAUGCAGCCAAUUAUUAUGAUCCAAAAUUUUUACAUCAAAAGGCACAAGAAUUAUAUUCGGCAGCUGCCCUUCGCGACGGAAAAGCAUCUGGAACAAGGCAGAGGUCAACUCCUUGGACUCCAGAAGAGGAUGAAAGAUUAUUACAAGCUGUUCAUGAACAAGGUAAUUCUAAUUGGGCUGCUGUUGCUACAUUUGUUGGAAAUGGUAGAACAAAGGCACAAUGCUCACAAAGAUUUCACAGAGUUAUUGAUCCAAGAAUUUCAAAAUCCAAUUGGAGCAAAGAAGAAGAGGAGAAACUUCUCCAAGUAGUUGAGCAGUAUGGAAAUAAAGCCUGGACAAGAGUGGCUGCUCAAUUCGGAAAUAGAACUGAUGUUCAAUGUCGUUUCAAAUAUAAUCAUAUAAAGAAGAAAUUAAAUGCAGGUACACAACCAACCCCAAUUCCAUUUUAA